CCAGCUUUAUAUACUCCUGCUGCCUCAGGCAAGAGACCUCCUUCCCCCUGAGAGACCAUGUGGGCCAGGCUUCUUCUCGUUGGGGUGCUCCUCUCCUUCUCUGCUGACCUCCAUGCUGCCAGUGGUGGAGAUGGUGAUGAAGAGAGCCUGAGACCUCUGAACAUAAACCCCGGCUACUGCCCCACUGCCUGCCCCAUGGCCCUGGAGCCCUGCCGGGUCUUCUGCCUGGAUGAUGUCGCCUGUGGUCCCGGGGAGAAAUGCUGCCUCCAGGACUGCCAGCUGCGGUGCCUGGCGGCAGAGCGAGUCCGGCCAGGCCUGUGCCCGAGGAGGAGGGUGCUGCCCAGCGGGACCCCCUGCCCGAACCGAUGUGAGGACGACAGAGGCUGCCCCCCUGGCCAGAAGUGCUGCUUCACCGGCUGCGGGCUGGAGUGCCUGCGACCCAGAGCAGAAGGUCCUGGUGUUUGCACAGACCCACCGACACCAAAAUGCCAAGAUCGCUGCAGAGAUGACUCCGAUUGUGCAAAGGAGGAGAGGUGUCGCCCCACGGCUUGUGGCUUCCAGUGCCAAGGGCCUCCUCCAGGUACUCCUGGCUUUGCACAGGCCUCCCAGGGACCUCACCCCAAGCCUAAGGAAGUGGAGGGGAAGACACCUAGAAAGCCCGGAGUGUGUCCCUUGCUGUUGCGGGGGUCCCUGGGACCCUGUGUGGGAAAGAUGCUGAAGACCUGCACUCAUGACUUUGACUGCGAGGAAGCCAAAAAGUGCUGUUCAAACGGCUGCAGGAUGGUCUGCAAGGAGCCAGGAGAAGGUCAGCUGGCCAACUGGAGGUAGAGAGACCCUGAAGCCUUCCUCCUCCUCCUCCUCCUCCUCCUCCUCCUCCAUUCCCCCAUCUGUUCCAGCAUCUCCCCCAACGCCCUGGGAAGCCCGGGGCUUGGGGCCAUUACCAUCAGUUCCCCACAGAAAGGGGCUGUUCUGAAGGACACUUCGGGGUCAAGCGAGGGUUCCUUCCUCAGAGUCUUCUCCUGAAGAAAAGGGGCAGCACCCUCUCCCCUCUCUUCUUAUUGGUCUUUGAAAUGCAUGCGAUUUUCAUGCCUUCCUCUGCUGCCCAUCCGUUGUGUGUUUCCGUGUCUUCUGUUUUCUCAAAUAAAAGUUUUAGAUUAGCAAUUUUCAAAGGGUUUUUUUGUAACCAUGUCAGAGCAGUUACAGCUACCCAACACAUCAGAAUGGAGAGACAGGAACCUUCGUAAGUCCCUCUAUCAAUAGACUUGUGUUGGAGCCUUCAGGUUCAGGGAAAAAAAAAUUGGGACUAUUCAGAGGAACAGGUUGAUUAGCUUUGGGAUAUAAAGAUUCAUGAAUAUUGAACUUUUUGAGAUGUGACCUUAGGUUUGAAUAUAUGUAUAUGUAUAUGUAUAUGUAUAUGUAUAUGUAUAUGUAUAUGUAUAUGUAUAUGUAUAUGUAUAUGUAUAUGUAUAUGUAUAUGUAUAUAUGUAUAUGUAUAUAUAUCAGGGGUGGGUUCCAAAUUUUUUUACUACCGGUUAUGUGGUUUAUUUUGUGGGCAUGGCUUGGUGGUCAUGU